AGUGUGCGGUGAAGGAUGACAGCAGGGAGUGGCGGCGGAAGUGUCAGCCUUGUAGGGGGGGUGGCCUUGUAUCCUUGUAUCCUUGUAGGUCUCCUGGUGCCGGUGCUGGUGCCUCCUUCCAAAUUCCUUUGCGCCUUGCUCUCCUGGUCCUCUUGCUGCUGGUCUAUUUGCAAAGCAGCAAUGGCAGUGAACGUAUUUUCCACAAGUGCAACGACUGAAAACCUGAGUCGCCAUGAUAUGCUGAACUGGGUCAAUGAUUGCCUCCAGUCCAACUUUGUCAAGGUUGAGGAGCUGUGCACCGGUGCGGCCUACUGCCAGUUCAUAGACAUGCUCUUCCCGGGAUCUGUUAUGCUAAAGAAGAUCAAAUUCAACACAAACCUUGAACAUGAGUAUAUUAACAACUUCAAAAUCCUGCAAUAUGCCUUCAAGAGACUCCAGGUUGACAAGAUUGUUCCUGUUGAUAAACUGAUAAAGGGAAAAUUCCAGGACAAUUUUGAAUUCCUGCAGUGGUUCAAAAAGUUCUUUGAUGCCAACUAUGGAGGGCAAGAAUAUGAUGCCCUCGGAGCAAGACAAGGUGAGCACCUUGGUGGCAAGGGAGGCGGCCUGAGAAAGCCAGCUGCUCCUACCAUGCGGCCAGCAGCACCUAUCCGCCAAGCUCCUGCCGUGGGCUCCCGCCAAACACCCUCCCGCAUUGCCUCUCGUCCAGCAGUAAACAGUCGUUCCCCUGCAGGUAGCAAUGCACAAGUAGAAGAGCUCUCCAGUCAGCUUAUGGACCUGAGAUUGACAGUGACUGGAUUGGAAAAAGAAAGAGACUUCUAUUUUGGCAAACUAAGAGAAAUUGAAGUUUUGUGUCAGGAUGAGGGUGAGAAUAACGAAAGUAACGAAUUUGUGACCAAGGUGUUGGACAUCUUGUAUGCCACAGAGGGUAGUUCUGCAGAGAAUCCAGACACCUUUACUGAGAACCUUCCAGACCAAUCACAGGAUGGAUUUGCUGCCCCUGAAGAUGUGGAGGAUGUCCCCCCACCCCCCGAGGAGGAGGAGUACUAAGCCCAGUCUUAUCUGUGUCCACAGAUACACUCCUGCUGGUGGUUUUUCACACCAGGCUCUAGUAAUAUCAGGUCUUGUGCUCUUUUGGGACAGAGCUAACAAUGUUACAGGGUGUUCCAUUUAGUGCAGAAACUCAAAACUUUUAAUGCAAUAGUUUAUUUCAAGUUCACAAUAAUGCUACUCAUCUGUGUUAUAUUAAUUAUGAAGUAAUAAUGCUUUAAAUACUGCUGAAAGUUACAAUACAAUGGAAAUGCACCGUUACUGACAAUAAGUAACAUGUGAAGAUUGGACUAUAGUAAAAAUUGUACAACAUGCAAUAUUAUUUAUAUUUAUGUGUAGCCAAGUGAUAUGUUGAUAUUUCCAAAAGUGGAAACGAUAACGUGGUUUGUAUUGUUUGUGACUGUUGUUUUGGGAAAUCCAAUGAAAAUCGUGGUUAAAAAAAAUGAAAUUGUCAAAAUUACAUAGCAGAGUUGAUUCACCAAGGUGAAGUCCAUAUAUGAAAUGUUGUACAACUAUCUCCAGCUUCAGGUGUGAAUGCUUUAUCUGUAUGGCUGAUAAUGAUAUUUUCUUGAUUAUGCAACCUGUAUUAAUCAGUCUUACCACUCCUUGAAGCAUUCCCUUUGCCUGCAUGUGGUUCUGUCACUAUGCUCUUACUCUGUGCUUUGAUAGGACACACUCAUGUAACAGAACCAACUUGAAUCUUGAUUAUGAGGUCUUGUGCAAAAUUGUGUAGGUUUCAUUUUAAUAUUAGUUGUUUUAUGAAGAAAUCUAAUCUGCUCAUAUGUUCUCUUCACUAUAAAUACAUUGUGCUUAUUUUGAUACUUUUUAUCAUUACAUGAAAUACUGUUAUUUAAAAAAAUAUAUAUAUUAUAUGUUUAUUGUAACAACUGAUAUUUUAACAUUUUUUAAACUCGAAAAAAAAAAAACUCAGAAUACAACUUCCAAAUAUAUUUCCAUGCCUAUUUUUUUAUAAUGAUUCAUUGGUUACAAACAUGUACAUAAAAAUGUCUAGCUUUCAGUGAAGACUUUUCACUGCCAAAGAGUGAAAGGCUAGGCAAUGUGAUCAAGCUGUUUUAUAAGUUUCCCAUGAUUUUGAGUUGGUGGGAGGCUGGGUUCUGAUCUAGUCCAGGAGGGAUGAGGCUUGCAGUGAUUUGAACCCCUUACCUUUGACACAGAACCAUUGGUCACACUAUAGUAAUGACAGAGGAGAGGAAGCUUAUUCCUAUUAUUAUAAUUAUUAUUAUUGUUUAUAUACUCAAGGCAUUUUCUGGCAAUAGUUUCUCUUGAGGAACAGGUAUGUAGUGCAUAUGAAAAAAGAUUGGUGUAUUUUCUACUCAAGAUUUGAAUAAUAGUAUUUGAUUGUUAUUAAUAAGCAAAUUGACUUAUUGCUCAGAAUAGCAAAAAAAAAAAAUCAAAAUUAUUCCUGUAGAAUUGUUAGCAGGCAAGUGGCAUUGGAAAAUUGGUAACUGGUAAAGGCACUCGACAGUGAAACUAUUAUCAGUUAGCAGAAUUGUUAUUCAUAAACAACUCAUUCUUUACUCUUCAUUCAUAUACUCAGUCUAGAAUUGUUUUGGACUUCAAGAAUAUAGGUAUAUAUUAUAGGAUUAUGAAUUGUGUGUUGAGGCCUGGGAUACUUUGCCUUAAAUUAUCUCAGUCCCAGUGCCAUGCCAGUUGGUUUGGUUACAUCCCAGUAUCAGUUCUAGAUUAGAAAACACACAUCAUGAGUCCUGUAGAUAUAGAUCACAUUACUGUGUAUAUUUUUUCUAAUGACUAGAUUUCUCAUUGUAAAAUUUCUUCCGUGUUUCUCGUGACAAGGUGUUGGUUUAGCUGUCUGUACUAUACACACUUUCAUCCACUAUGCAUUCCAGAGCUCAUUGCCCAUGACAUGAGAGACAGAUGUCCUGCGAGUUUGCCUCAUAACCUCAGACGUGGUAAUGAUGGUAUGUAGUAGGUUUUUAACAAAUUAAGUGACCAAACAAGCUUGCGGCAACAUAGAUAACAUAAUCCAUUCUUACAAGUGAAUUUUUUACCCGUUUGAAGCUUGACAUUUCACUACUGCAGCAAUUAAAGUGAAAAACAUAAAGAGUUUUUUUUUGUACCGAGCUUGAUAUUAUUGGCUGUUUCUCAUACUUGAGCUUGAUGCAUGUGAGAAACUGCUAAAUUUGUGGCAGGACACUUGGCUUGUUUCUGUGCAGCAUUAGGCCUCAACUGUUGCUAUUCCCAGUUACCAUAAACUGUAUAUGGUGUGGUGUUAAAAGGUAGGAAGCCAGUUAUCAAGACCUGUUAUUUCUGAAGAAAAACAAAUGGUAAAAACAUCUCUUUAUUUUCAUGUACUUAUUUCUGUUUAAGAUUAUAAGAUGGUGGAAUGUUAAAGCGUCUACUUAAGUAUUUGUUUCCUCAGCACUAACUGAUAUGUUAGUGUUUCAUUUUAAAAUUUAUAAAAGAUAAGCGUAUUAUAGAUUUAUCCAUCUAUAGCUUUAAAUCAAUUUCCUAGACAGUAUUGGACUUUCACAGAGCCCAGAACUCUGGUGAUCAGCUGCUGUGUUCUAGUACUGUACUAUGUGUUACUAGUUUCUUUACUACCAGAUCUAAUACCCAUUGUUAUGCAAAGAUGGAAACAGUUUAUGUAACACCUCACUGGUUCAAUUUCCUGUGCAGUAAGUGGUUCAUAAGAGAGUUGAUUUAUAACAAUAAAAGUGAAAAUUUA